AUCACAAAAAUUUGUAUCACAGCAGUUUUAAAUACAAUUUAAUUCACAAACGCGACGCGACUAAACCGGCAAGUGUAGCGUAUAUUUGUAUGUGUGUGCAUACAAACAACAACAAUAGUUAAAUAGUAACGAGUGCAGUUAGCAAUUGGUUUUAAUACCGAUUAGAUAAUACGCGAAAUAAGCAACAACAAAACUCACAUUAGUGUGCCAGCUGUUUUCAGUCAGCCUCUCGCUCUCUCGCUCGCUUCGAAUUCACACUAACACAGACACAGUUAUAAAAUUGUGCUUGCUCUCCGCGGUUCGCUUUCAUUCUCUUGCCGUUUCUACGUUUUAUUCACGCUGGCGGGCAGCAGAAGUGACAAAGCUGAUUUUAACUUUUGGACAAUGUUUAAGUUUAUGUUAACUUUUGGCGCUGGUGUUUAUACUGGCAUCUAUGUAUCGCAGAACUAUGAGGUACCCCGCGUGGAUGAUCCACCCAAGAUGGUUGAAAGGCUGAACGCAAAAAUCCGUGAACUUGUGGACGGCACAAAGAAAAAAACGCCCAUAGAGCAGAUAGCACACGACAUCAAAAAGGAGGCCAAGAAGGUAUUGGAUGAUUAAAUGUCCGCAUGCCAGAGCAGCCCUUUUAAAAUUAAUCUUUGUACACACAGUUCUUCUUUCAGUAAUUUAAACAAUUUUAUCUAUUGUCAAAUAAAAG